AUGUUCAAGAUCCUGGGUACAAGAUAUCAAGAAAUAUCUGUACCCAAGGUCUUGCUACAAUACACAGUUACAUUUACUUUUAUACAACAAUUAACAAUGUCAGAUGUUAAUACAAAAAUAAAUCAAGAGAUUGGUGUUGAUCAACAAAAUAAACCAAAGUCGCAAGGUGAACAAGCAACAAAAGGUGGACAAGAAUAUAACAAAAACAAAGACGAUUCAUCACAUGGCACAUGUGGCUCAUCAGGUGAUCAACAGAAAAAAGCGUGUUCUGGUACGUCUGCUAGUUCAAAAUAA